CUUCCUGAGCUCGUGGAAUAACUACCCUCGUGCAAGGAGGAGGACGAGGAGCUUGCAAAGGGCAGUUUAGUCUUUCCCUUCCCGCUGCUUAGAAGAUGGCUGAUCUGCCUUUUCCAACUCCAAAAAUCACAUCGGCUGCCAAGCAGGAAGGCUUGUUUGUGCCCGGUAAACCCUCCUCUUAAAAAUAAAAGCAUAAAAUAAUUCUUAACGCCUUAGGAAACCGAGAUGUGAAGCUAAGAAGACCCUGAGCGAGAGAAGCGAAGGGGCUGUGCUGCUUUUGAGCAACAUGUCAAUGGAGGUCACUUUCCUGGGGACGGGUGCCGCGUAUCCGUCUCCAACCAGAGGGGCCUCGGCUACGGUCGUCCGCUUCGAAGGAGAGUGCUGGCUGUUUGACUGUGGUGAAGGGACGCAAACCCAGUUCAUGAAAAGUAAUUUGAAAGCAGGAAGGAUUACCAAGAUCUUUAUAACUCACCUUCACGGGGACCAUUUCUUUGGCCUUCCUGGCCUCCUCUGUACCAUCAGCCUCCAGAGCAGUCCUGCCGCAAACAAGCAACCGGUCGAAAUUUAUGGACCGCUUGGGCUGAGGAACUUCCUCCAGAGAACGAUGGAGCUUUCGCACUCACAAUUGGCCUUCCCAUACGUUGUUCACGAACUGGUGCCCACGCCAGAUCAGUGCCCUGCGGAAGAAUGGGAGGACCCGUCCGUAGACACAGCGGAAGUCUCAUCUCAAGAGAGGCACGGGAAAACGAUUUAUCUGGAUCCUGCAGAAGACUCGUACACUUUGGUGGACAAUUGGCAAUUUGCAAUGAAGGCAUUCAGAUUAUUUCAUCGUGUCCCAUCCUUUGGGUUUCUAGUGGAAGAGAAGUCACGGGCCGGCAAACUCAAUACCCGGAAGCUGAAGGAACUAGGAGUACAGCCAGGCCCUAUAUAUGGUAAACUGAAAGAAGGCGUUACAGUUGUCCUCGAAAAUGGGACAACCAUUUCUCCUUCGGAUGUCUUAGAAGACCGUCUUCCUGGAAGAAAAGUUUGUAUUUUAGGAGACUGUUCUGGAAUUGUUGGAGGUGGAGCAGUGACUCUUUGCUAUGAAGCUGAUCUCUUGGUUCAUGAAGCCACCCUGGAUGAUACCCAGAUGGACAAAGCCAAAGAGCGAGGCCAUAGCACUCCGAAAAUGGCAGCCGAGUUUGCAAAGCUGUGCAAAGCUCAGCGGCUGGUUCUGUCUCACUUUAGUCAGCGGUAUAAGCCAGCCAACCAGGUUGGCGAAGGAGAUAUGGAUGUCGUGGAACUGAAGAGGCAAGCUGAGUUGGUGUUGGAUGGGGAAGAGGUAGCUUUGGCAGAGGAUUUCAUGACCAUCGGUAUUCCGACGAAAAAACAAAAAUAGCCCUAUCUGAUGAACCUCUUGCCAUAACUUGCUUUCAAGGCCCAGUUGGAGGGGUUUGGUUGAGAGUCCACCAAAUCACCAUCACUUCCUCCUCCUCCUCCUUAUUAUUAUUAUUAUUACUAUUAUUAUUAAUCUAUUUAUAUACCACUUACAGUGCUGGCCAAAAUUGUAGACACUUUUUGAAAUGUUCAUGUUUUGCAACUUUGCAUGCUUACAGAAAAUGUUCUGUUUCACAAAAUUCAAAUGUUUAUAUAUCAUUUGAAAGACCAGAUUCACGUAAUACAACAAUCCUGCUUCUUUUCCUGGGUGUCCAAUCAACUCUUUUCUUUGUUGCCAUUGCUCUAUUUAUGAUGUACGUACGCACACUUUUAAUUUGAGAAAUACUUCAAAUAUUCACACAAUCUCCAACUGCGCUUCAGUUACAGAACAAGCAGCAAAACUGACUUCCCCCAACUUGAAACGUGAUGUAUCGCAGCUACUGCCACGUGAUUGGUCCCCAGAACAAGGACUGUGAUUGGCCAGUAGGGUUUGCAAUUCCAAGCCGCUUCUUCACUCAAUCGCACCUGUGCUUGUUUUUAGGCUAAAGUAAGCAUAACUUUUUUGUACUGCAGAUAUUCACAUUCUGUUUUUUGUAUUGAAUUCAGCAUUAAAUUCUCUUUCAGUUGAUAUAUAAACAGUUGAAUUUCAUGAAGCAGAACAUUUUCUAUAAGCAUGAAAAGUUGCAAAACAUGAAAAUUUCAAAAAGUGUCCACAAUUUUGGCCACCACUGUACUAUAUCUAAAGAUACCUUUAAUUGGUUUACAGAAGCAAUUAAAAUACAUCAUAAUAAAUACAAAGACCUCA